CAAGCCUUUGCAGGAGUAGAGUGUAGAUAAACUUGUAUUGUGCAUAAAGGGAAUUAUAUAUUAGAAUAUCAUCAACAUAAAAGGAUCGAAGAUUGCUUCUGAACGGUAAGUUAUAACUGACAGUAGUUGUAAACCAGAGUACUAGGUUGUCCUUCAAAUAUGGUUAAUCUAAGACUAAGUACUAUACAUCGAAGUUUAGAACAUAUAUGUUUGUUUAAUAUGUCUAUUCGGACUAGCUCUUUGUGUUUUGCAAUGGACGUUUACAUACUCAGAGGCUAGCAAAUUAAAUGGGUUUAUUAAACAACUAAAAAGAAAUAGACUUUUUCAGCUUUUGUGAAGAGCCUCUGGAACAAGGGUUAGAAACGUACACAUAAAGAUACCUAAUUAAUUCUGCUGCUCUCAAAUUGAUGUCCUCCUCUUCGAAAGAUAGAUCUAGAAACGUGCGUGGGCUAGUUUGGCUGAAUCAGGCAAAGGGUGGGCAAAAGGCUGAAUUCAUCAGCCGUUAUAAUUGAAAAUGCUAACUUAAUAAUUAUUCUUAGAAGUCAUAUACAUACUGAUGGAUACGGCAUGGCGUGAGAGAUUUCGAAAUCUAUAUUAAUUCCUGAGCUGAUUUUAUAGAUGUUGUGGAAUGUUACACUGCAUGCCUGGAAAUAAGUACCAUGGACCCCUGGUUCUAGAGGCUCUUUGGGAGGCGAAAGAAAUGAGAGGCGAGUUUAAGGAAGAGCCUCUGGUCACAUCGGUUGCAAAUGCCACUUCCGCACUUGAUUAGGUUCAGAAUUUGAAUCUCGUAUGUGAUUGGCCAAUUGUAAAAAUAUGUCAAACCAGUUUGGGAAAUAAACAUAAUGACCCUUUGCUCUAUUACUUAGAAUUAAACAAGAGGGAAUAUUUACCCAGCCUGAAUCAAAUACAGUUCAGUGUCCUAAGUAUAUGCGUGCUAUUGAAGAUAUAUAUUUGCACAAUGCCAAUGGCAGUGAUCUUUUUGGGAAACAGUAAUUUUCUCGAGCUCUAACCGCAAGUUCGGUGAUGUAUAUAAUUAUACCAUAAGGUGAUGCCAGUGUAACGUGUAUGGGUAUAAAUAUCAGAAUUUGAGCCUUCUCACUUAGCCUAAAUAGAACUAAUUGUUGGAGGGGGUUGUUCAUGGAAAUUUCGGAUGUAAAUUUUAUAUAUUUAUUAUAAUUUCAGUAGACUGAAACCAUGCAGUUGCGAAAAUGCAACUCUACAGUCCCUCUGGCAGGAAUUGAAAUCCUUCAACAAUUAGUUCAAUUCUGUCAAGUGAGAUGUUCAAAAUUCUGAUCAGAUAAUUUACCAAUACAUAGUUACAGCUAGGUAAUAUACCCAGCUAUAAGCACGUCAUAACCUGGCCUGUGUCAAACUGUUCAAGCAACUGCUUGGCUAAUUAUCAGUACGCAAUUCUGGAACGCAUGUUACAAAGCAUAUUUGCUUCCCACAUAUAUUCAUGCGCAAUUCUUCAUCAUCACAAUGAAAGAUGAGAUGGUGAAUAACGUAGAUAUUGAAAAAUAAAGUAUUAGGUGCAGCAAGAAAAGUUGACGUUUCUUGGCUCUUUCAGGUAUGAAUCUCAAAAUAUAAUAUUCGAGCAUCUUGCCAGAAACUUAAAAUACAUGUAAAUAUGUUUUGAUACAUAUAUUUGAUCGUUUGCAUGAAUGGAAAUAUCAAAAUAUGAGAUAAAUAUAAUACAUAACAGAAAAUACAUGCAUGCAGAAACCCUCCCCUUGCUUAAUAUUCAGUCGUGGUAGCACGAUAAUUUAAUAAAGAAUAUUUUUACAAUUGAAAAAUCCCCUAAAAUAUCACUUUUAAUUACAAAAUUAUCAAUUUCCCAAACAGAUAUAUGUUAAGCAUGUUAUUAUAUACGUGCAUGAUAUAAGCUUCUCAAAUUCAUUAAUAAUUCAUGAGUAAUUCAGCCAUGCCAAUGAUAAUCACCUAUUUGAUCACAAGAUGCCAUUUGGAUACUUGAUGAAAGUCACUAGUGUUUUCAUCAAAUAUCUUAAUUACGCAUGCAAAAUUACUUGAAAAGAAUUCCUAAUUACGUUAUGCUUGGUUAAGAAUUCUAUUCAAAUCAGCAAACGAAAACAUUCUGUUACGUCUCGAUUCAUUUGAGAAGCCAUAUAAACAACUCGAGCUCGUGUCUCACCGGGAUAUCCAAACACUCGAAAACAAUGUAUGAAAACACCCGCGCUUCGCGCUCGUGUAUAUUUUGCGAAAUUAUAUAUAUAUAUAUAUAUAUAUAUAUAUAUAUAUAUAUAUAUAUAUAUAUAUAUAUAUAUAUAUAUAUAUAUAUAUAUAUAUAUUUAUAUAUAAAUGUAGGCAACGAUCAGCUUUUUAAAGCAAUUUAAUUAUAAAGCAAGUAAUAUACAUCCAUAUUUAAAACAAACUUAGCUUCGUUAACGUCGGCGGCUUUGCUCCCGCUUUUAGAAGUUGUUUCGCUUUUUUUCUCAAAAAUCUUUUGAAAUUUACAAAAUCUUGCAAAAAUGAAAUAUAUAAAUCAUUAAAUCAAAAAAUGUUUGCUAUUUCGAUGUCGUCAUGCGGUCGUUAUAAUGCAAAUUUUAAAUUGGACCAAUCAGUGUUCGCUAUUCAUGACAGUCCGCUAUAUUUUGAGAUCGGUGAGGACGACCACGCCCGGGAAUUUUGAUGAACAUUAGACUUUGCUUUCCUUUCCUUUCCCCGUUGUAAAUAGUCGGGCGGAAUUAGUAACCUCGCCCCGAGCUUACGCGCCGUUGGCUCGGCGAUGGGGGAAAAUCCUUUCUUCAUGCAUUGGAAUCUCUUAGUCAGUCAUUUUAAUCAAAACAUCUUUCGAAUGAAGGCCGUUAUCCAAGCAACUCUAUGACAUAAUAAAACAACAUGAAAACAUAUUGAUGAUUAAACUCGUUGUUUCUGUUCAUAUCAAACAUAUAUGUUCAAAUCUUGGAACUAAUUCUGCAAGACAAAGCUCGCUCAUCUUAGAGUUGCAAAUAAUCUUUGCAAAAUAAAUUCUUCGUUCUCUAUUUAUCACUUAUUUACUCAGAUCGAGGGAAACAGUGUGUUUUGUGGACCCGAGACCGUCGAUGUUUCACGAGGCGAAGCCGAGGGAAACAUCGACGGUCGAGGGUCCACAAAACACACUGCUUUCCCGAGGUCUCAGUAAAUAAGUGUUUUAUUAUAUAUCAAUAGUCAAAGAAACAACAAAUUAAAGAACAAAUGAACGUAAAUACAUGAAAUAUUUUAUUGUUAAAACGUUAUAUUAAACACCGGCUACACUGCAGUUACUUAAAGCGAAAGUUUUAAUUACGUACUAGGCAUGUCUAAAGGUCGCAUCUUCACGUGAUGGCGCACGUGAUUUUUUUGUUAUUCGCCGGUCGAUAACGUAUUGUUGCCCUCUUGCGCUGUUGCGAGGGAGACAGCCUAAAGCCCGUUCUCCACUAGGCGAAUUUUUUCGCGCGACGCGAAUCGUAAAACAAAUCUUGGCAAUGUGAUUGGUCAGCGAAAAAAAUCGCCGCGAAAAAGUUGGAUCAGUUCCUACUUUUUUACUGUUCGCGCGAACAAAUUCGCCUAGUGGAGAACGGGCUUAAUUUCGUCACUCUCACGUGAUAUGCUCUCAACCAAUAAAACACUAGAAAAAUGCGACUUUGACUAUUGAUAUAUAAUGAAUCUAAUUAUCAUAUUUUUACUUACGUAAUGGCGUGACCAAUGGUUAUACUUGUAAAAUCCAAUUAUGAUGUUCUGACAAUUUCUGGAACUCAUUUAGAGUAGGCUAUCAUUAUUAGUUUGUUCCAAAGUCUAUUCUUGUUCGUGAUUGUUCAAAACGCGUCGGAUAAAAAGCCGUUUUCUUGCUGACGCCAUCAGCGUGCAAUAAUAGAGACCUUACGAUUUUAGGACGGCAACCGCGACGGCAACGGCUACCAAUACAAUAGAUCAUUGAGAAGAAUUGAGUAAUUACAAUAAAUGAAUAAUUUAGACAUUGUCCUCGCUCUGUUUACAACGCCAAAUCACAGAUUUUCACGUGUUGAUACAACAGCGGCAUUCCAAGAGACAACAAGUGCAACUUCAAACUGGGUUUAGCAGAACUCUUCCCAACCAUAAAACCCAUGUCUUCAACUUCUAAGACGGCAUUAAAUUCAUACGAUUGAUAAUAUAUGACGAACUAUCGACUACCAUUUAUUUGAAGGAGUUUGUUUCAGCCGUCGCCGUCGUGGUUGGCGUUCUGAAAUCGUAAGGUCUCUAAUACUUUUUUGGACCGACGUUCGGUCCAAAAAAGUAUUGUUGCACGCUGUGGUUACCGAGCCCCGGAGCGGUGCAUUGUUUGCAUUCUCGUACCCAGAGCCCUUCUUACGCGCGGUCAUCGGAGCGCGACGAAGGGCUCUGGCAAAAUUCUAAUCAAACUGGCAUCUGAUUGGCCACAACGAAGGUUAUUGUGCCAAUACCGGAUAUGAGAUGAUUGGCUGAUAAUUAAGGGUUAGAGACUGAUGUGAGUGUUUUGUUUACAAAUAACAUGCACGAGCUGACUGUACAAUGAACGAGAAAUUUUCAAUACUGGACGAGGCGAAGCCGAGUGCAGUAUUGAAAAUUUCGAGUUCUUUGAACAGUCAGCAAGUGCAUGUACUUGUAAACAAAACACGAACUUAAAGUCCCUAACCCAUUUAAUAUAUUAUCUGAGUUCACUGCUUGCAUGCAAUUAUACUGUACGCCUUUUGUAAACAAAACAAAACAAAACAAAACAAAACAAAACAAAACAAAACGAAACAAAAUUAAAUUAAAACAAAGCAAUUCCAGUUUGGAAAAGAACAUUUAUUAACACAUUUUCAUCAUAAGUUUUUACCAAUACUGUAGUCUAAUUUUAAGUGCAUUGCAAAAUAAUUGCGUACAACUGUUUUUAAAACAAGACAACGAAUACAAUGAAAAACCCGAUUAGACUUUUUAAGCAUGCAGGAAUUUUACACACGACAAAAUCGUGAAAAGUCAGUUUUUGCUUCGUUUAUUCACCUUGAAAGAUGACAAUGCACCAGUUUGUUUGGCUUUUUAUACUUUUAGACACUGCAUUAUGUACAAUUUGAUUAAUUUCGUCUUGACUGACUCGUGUAAACCUUGAACCGACAGCCUUGCGGGAAGCCAUUUUCAAUAAUACACGUUUUUUAUGCGUUAUUGUCCAUAAUGCACUCGCAGAAUUCGUUGUUGCCAGGUAACAAAAACACACGUGAUCGAUUUUGACCAAUGGCGUGCGUGUAUUUUGUACAGUGAACGAAGAUUAUAUAUUAAUUGGAAGUAACACGUUCCCAUUAAUCCCAUCUGUCAAAACCUUUUGUCAAAACAGUCAAAAUAACAUUUUAUAAAAUUCAUACUAGUUUGUUUACUUGGUCUAGCAUAAGAGCGUUUAAAGAUGAGAUGACAAUAGCAGUAGAACGCCUCUCUGUUUGACGUGCGUGCGUUGUUUUGGAUAGGUAGUAGUCAAGUACAUCAGGCAGUAGUUGAUAUACUGGGGAGAUGCUAAGCAUCGUGGGGCGAGCCUGAGCAAGAGCAAUGAUGGCCAGCAACUAUCAUGCAACAAUAAUUACUAAUGUCAACCUUUCUUGUUUCCGCACUGUAAUUAAAUAAACUAUCAUUGGCAUUGCAAUUAAGUUUCGAAAUUUCAAAGGAAAACUCGUAGUAUUAUGAAUGUUGGGAAUUGUAUUUCUAUCCGUAUAUUAUAUUUGAUAUUUUAUUGAAAGGCAAAAUUUAAUUACCUAGGCCUCGGUUUGUGUUAUACGCCUCAGCCUUCGGAAUUGGUAGAUAACACAAACCUCGGCCUUGAUAAUUCUCGAUAUCAUACUCAAGCUCGCCAACUUUUUCUGGGAAAAAAUAGGGCCCCAGUUAAAAAUUUUACGGGGGGCCGCAGAAGGUUACGCCACUGCAUUCAAUAAUUGUUUAUUAUUAUCAUGUUCACUUCUGUCAUCAUUUAAAACACGGGCAUGCACGUGCACUCAUCGUGACGAAAUAAAAUUACGUUGUGAUUGGUUUUUAACAUUUUUUGAAGGUAAAUUUAAAGUUAAUUUGGCAAACAGUGCAUAAUAUGGAAGAAAAUGAAGCAACUGGUACUACUACAAGUCAGGAGUCAUUUGAAUUUGCAGAAGAGUUAAAACCUAACCAAUGCCACUUUAUUAUUCUACCACUAAACCUAAAGAGUUUUAGAGGAGAACAGUCCUGGAUCAUUAUUAUUCAAGAGAAUAUAAAUAAGUUACAGCAACAAAAAUUGAAAUGUGUAACAAAACAUGAUAACAAUAUCUUGUUUGUAAACCGUGAUCUGUCGAAAUCGUUGGAUAUUAAGUGCUUGGAUUGUUUUGUAUUAUCAAUAUAUCAAACUUUUUUAUCAUCUGAUACCAUUUCAAGCAGUGGAAAAGCGUCUGCUGUAAGCUUUGACUCCUGUGAUUGUUUCAAAACUUUCUCAAUAUUAAGAAAUAUUUUAAAGUCAGCGAGCACUGACCAGUGGGUAUGCUUUUGGUUAUGUCAUGGGAAAACUCAUCUUUUCAUAACCGACGAGAAAACCAGUAUCCCUGUUGAAGAUUUUAACCAACUUGAAAUUCUUGUUGGGCAACUUAUAAAAUUAAACAAUGAUGUAGCCAGUAUAUUAAACACUAGAGUUCCUUUGGGUGAAACAGAAAAUGAUGUGAAAACCGUCAUUACGUCACAUAUAACCAAUCAGGAAGAAUUCUUUAAGGAGAUGAACGAGAUAGUUUAUCAAAAACGUAAGAUAUUAAAAAAUGUGAAUACUUUGGUGCAUAAACACUGCGGGACUGCUGACGAUGGCAAGGACUCGCCAGGGUCGGCAUUUAGAACUAUUACAACAAAUAAUAAUGAAUCUGGCGGUUCAAUUCCUUUGCGUACCCUACUACAGUGCAUCGUGGUGCGUUUGACUCCUUCUAACUGGACGGAACUACGUCGUUAUGUCGCUCGUAACAUUCCUCUAAGAGUUCUUGGAAAUAUCGCAAACAACAUCGACUUUUUCCAAGAACUAGAAAACCGUAGUAUGAUACAAAUUAGAAAUACUGAAUACAUAAGAAAUGGAUUUUAUGAAAUCGGACGUGUUGAUCUCGUUCAUUUACUGGACUGUAUUCAAGAGGGCGACUAUAGUUUACUGAGUCUUGAUACAGUUAGAAAUCGUAGCGACGAUAACAAUUUGGGAAGCAGAACCCAGCCGUAUGUACGUCAGAUGCGCGAUUUGACUCUAGAUACAAGAAGAAAUGACAGUAUUGUUGACCAAAGAAGUUUAUGGUCUUCCUCUGCAGCUCAAACCCAGUCCUCUUCAAGUCAAGUGCGUGAGGUAAUCAUGACAGAUGGACUAAUAGCAAGAUCUCCACGUAAUAUGACUGGUAAUAGUGAUGCAAGGAUCGACAGGCCCUUACAAAGAAGAUACCGUAAUGUAUCUCAACGUACUACACCAUCCACACCUUACCCUGUACAGGAACAGAUAGAGGAAGGUACUCGUAACCAGGAGCAAACCCCCGAGAACGUAUUAAACAACGAAGAAGAUACUUCUGCUGAAACUAUAAAUACAGACGAUGUAUCUAUCCAGAGUACAAAUUCUGAUGGUUUAACUCCAUGGAGUACAAAUUCCGAGGGUACAUCCCCCCAGGGUCAAAAUACGGAGGAUACACCUUCCAGUGGUGAAAACGAGCAGGAUACACCUCCCCAGGGUGCAAAUGCUCAGGGUUCACUUCUUCAGGGUAGAAGUGAGGACGAUACAUUUCCCGAAGGUGAAAAUGUGGAGGAGACUCGAGCAUGGAUGAUGAAAAGACAAUAUGCUUGUGAGCAUUAUGAUCGAUAUUGUAAUGCUCAGUUUGCUUGUUGUGAACAUUUCUGGCCCUGUCACCGUUGUCAUAACGCAACGAGUCAGUGUGGUGAAAGAAAACUGAGAUCUCGUGAUAUAAAGAAAUUGCAAUGUUGCAGGUGUGGUAAAGUACAAGGUUUCCCAAAAGAGUCACCAAAUUGUGUGGAAUGUAACUUGAAGUUUGCUGAGUAUUUCUGUCCAAUGUGUCAUCAUUUGACUGGAAAGCAGAAUCACCCAUUUCAUUGUGAAAAAUGUGGUAUCUGUAGGUAAGUACUUUCGCAUUCCACUUGUUUCUCGAGUAUACAGCUAUUUCAAUUAAGGUUGUCCCCGAGCAAAGCGGAAAAGUCGAAUACGUGCGCGAAAGGCUUGCUAGGAAUCGCUAGCAAAAUCAUUAAUUCUUAGCAAUUCCCAGCAAGCUUUUCGCGUUCGUAUUCGACUUUUCCGAUUUGCUCGGGGACGAUCUUAAUUGAAAUAGCUGUAUACAAAAUUCGAUGUGAUCAAAUGCACAUUACAUCAAGUAUUACGCUUACCUAAUUACUUACUUAGCCUACACCAUUUUGCCUUUACAACAAUUAUGAUAUUACUUUCUUAACGUGUUUAUGCUAACACACCCUGUCAACUUUCCUUGUGGAAGGAAACCGGAGCACCCGGUGAAAACCCGCGACUUUCGGCAAAGCGCUGACUGACUCUUUUCGCAUGAGUCCGUACUUUCACAUGAGUUCGUCAGUUAUAUGCUGUGCAAUGCCAAUGCUUUAUGCUCGUGAGGGAUUAUUGUAGGUCCGAAAAUCCAUAAAAUUUGGACUCUAAAUUUGCAACUACAAAACACCUUAACAAAUUGUGACACCGCCAUACUUGUACCUGAGUUUUAUAUGUUUGAUUUCUUUCUUUGCCGCUGCAUGCCGGGUAGCUAAAAAUGUAUCUCAAAAGUGCAGGAAGUGCUCCCUAAAGGACAUUGGCAAUAAAAAAUUAGUUUGUCUUAUUCAAAAGAACUACUAAAACUAUAUAUUAAACUCUUCACUGACUUUUCAUAUCUUGCUUGUAGCUCUCAAAAUACGUAGACCGAAAUGAAUGAGCUGUCCGCCAUCUUGGACUAAUCCUUGACCUCAUUAACUAUGGUUUUGAUGACUUCAGGAGUUGGAUUAACCAUAUAAAAGUAUAAACUAUUAAAAAAUAAGCGAAUAAAAUCCAAAAUUGUUCGAAAUGUUUUUUAUCAUUUCCACAUUUCAAACAGCAACCAGAAACGACGUUUUGGACACAUAAUAAUCCCUCAUUCUCGAGAUAAAAAAUUUGCGUAACCCCUCUCUUGACGUAAUGCAUAUCCUCAUUAAUCCAAAAUGGCGAACAGCUCACUUUUUUCGUCGAAAUAUUUUGAAACGUUAACUAAGCAAGAUAUAAACAAUAUGUAAUAUAAUAGAGUUAAUAUUAUAUAGUUUUAAGAGUUCUUUCAAAUAAACUUAACUAUUUUUUAAAGCCAAAGUCCCUUAAUUAAAAACUGCCGUAGUGUUGAUAUGCAUGAAGUGUUUAAAUAUUUUUUCAGGUAGAUCAAAAGAGAAUCACGACUGCAUAGGUUUAAUUGAAAUGAUGAACUUUUCAUGUGCCAACCCUAAUGCAAAUAAGCACAACGAUGGGUUUACAGGUUAUUUAAAUGCAUUUUAACACCUGGUAAACACGACGUUUUGACUAUGGCGUAUUUUAGAGAUUUCCCACAGGUUUUUUUCUGAAGUAUAGGAAAUCAUAAUAUUUUUCCUUCUGGUAUAGGGUACAUGGAGAUCGCUCGUUUCAUUGCGAUACCUGUGGUGUGUGCUUGGAUAUUAAUCUUCGUGGAAAUCACAAAUGUCGUGCAGGAUCUGCCCAUGAUGCGUGUUGCAUCUGUUUCGAAGUAAGUUCAGCGCAAUCAACUCAAGUAAACCUAUGUAAUGUUAUAUGGUUCAAGCAUACUACUAUAAAAUAAUUUGAAUAUAUAUCUUUUUACCAGGAUGCAUUUACGGGAUGUCAAAUACUACCUUGCUCCCACAAAGUUCAUAAAGAAUGUGUAAAUCAGUUGAAGAAAGGCGAAACGUAUGUAUAUAUUAGCUUUUAUGUAGAUUUUGUCUCUGAUUGGGUUUCCUUUCCUGUAACAAGUUGUCUUGUUAUAAUUAUAAGUUUCAUGUGAGAGGGUUAAUCCUUUCAGCGGUAGACUGAGUAGGCUAAAGCCUACAGGUCCGGGCUUUCAAGUAAUGAAAUAUUAAUAUAGCUCUUAUAUAAAAACUACAAGUUCCUUGGUUUUCAUGAGUCAGCACCUUUACCGUAACGCACAAGCGUACGAAGCCACAAGCGUAUGCACCCCACCCCCCAAAUUUUGGAAAACCAUGGAAAUUCGGGUAAAUGCUAGGAAAAAUCAAGAAAAUUUGGGCUCAAAAAAAUUUGGGUAAACUUUCAACUCUCCCCCCACUGGAAAAUAUCAGCAUCGUACGCCUAUGCCGUAACGCCUACAAGUAAUUUAACUGCGCAAUAUUCAACACUCAUGAAUCAUUGCCACAAUGAGUGGACAUUUCCGCUAACUUUUUCAAAAAAAUAAAGGAACGGUAGGAGCGCAAACAUCGACAACCAGGGCCGCAGAGGGGGGGGGGGGCAAGGAAGGAAUUGCCCCGGGCUCCUUAGAAUUUUUUUGUUGGGCCCAGUCAUUUUUUUGGGUGAAAUAAUUCCGCGCGAAGGGCAAGAUAUUUGGUUUUUUUGGCAAAGUACCGAAAUUUGGUAUGAAAAUUUGAGGUAAAGUCGCUGGAAAGCAAUUACAAUUUACAACCAAUACAACGUACUCGUCCGCUUUACCUAAAAAGUUGUCUGGGGGGGGGGGGGUUGUUUGAGAAAAGUUUGAAAUAGGGGUCCCUAAAAAAAUUUGCCCUGGGCCCCCGCCAAGCUCUCGGCGGCCCUGUCGACAACUUCAGCUGAACCUAUUAGUAACCUAUUAGUAAACUAUUAAUAACCUUAACCUAGUUAGCCCACUAUUCUUCCCUUGGGCCUGCACGCGGGCUAAACCUCAGUAGAUUGCAAUGGUCCAGAAAUUUAUGAGCGCCGACGCUGUUGCAUGUACACGUUCGUUAUCGUCAAACGGAGUCAGCAGAAUGUGCAUGGGAAUGUCAUUCUCAAGGCCCGCGAAUUUCACCUAGCCUACAGACCCUGUAACUGCUAUUCUGCCACUUCAUGCUUUCAGUUUGGCUCUUCAGAUACUCUUCUUUCCUCCUGUUUGUUAACACUGAACUGAUAAGGCAUUGCUCUUACUGGACAUCUAGGAAGUAUACAGUUUAGACUAGCUGAUUGAUAUAUCAUAUGAGCGAAUGAAGCGUUUUAAAUCUGGAAUCUAAAUCGUAAAAACUAACUUUUAUUCUUUCAGAAUGCAGUGUCCAAUAUGCCGAGAAAUUUUUCCGCAUACAAUGGAGAAAGGAAAAAAGAGCUAAACUAUAGUCACUACUGCAAAGUAUUUCGCCGUACUUGGACUGUCUGACUCUACGCGUUGGACACAAGGCAAACUUUUCCUGAAACGAAAGUGUGCCCAAACCGGAAGUACAUGUAUGCUCAGCCAAAGGAAGUUUGAUGGUAUCGAUUCUACAGGCCCCAAUACCCCUCUAUAAAAGCUAUAAUCGCACCUUAUAUGGCCAAUUAAGUUAAAAGCAUGCAGGAUCGUACGUGGAGCGAAAUGAUAAAUGAUAGUUACUUCGAAAGCAUCAAAGCGCUUGUAUCUAUUAAGGCAACUUAAACGUGCUGAUGUGGCGAACGCAGACUUGGUCAACUUUUAUUGUAGCUGCAUAAGGUCGGUCUUAGAAUAUGUAUGUCAAUUAUUUCAUAGCACCUUGCCACAAUACCUUGCCAAGCCACGUCUCUCCAAUGAUUGACCACCUGGGUUGGGACAAUCCCCAACAACGGCGACUGCUACACCAAGCCACUAUGUUCUUCAAGAUCCAUCAAGGCCUUGUUGGAAUCAAUCUUCCUGAUGACGUGUGUCCUUUGACUAGAGCAUUCAGGCUGCCUAAUAGCUGUCCUUACCGCCAAAUACAAUCGUGUGUCAAUGUAUACAAGUUUUAAUUUUAUCCAAGAACAAUCGUUACCUGGAAUCACAUCCCAUUUAACAAUCUUUGCCAAUCAACCCCCAGUUUCAAAACACUUGCCAUGCCUUCAAUUAAGUCACUUAAUGUAGCUAAUUGGUAUCGUUUUGAAUCGUUUGUAUUGUACUAUAUGUUCGUUUUGUAGUCUUAGUGUUGUUGUUGUUGUUGUUGUUGUUGUUGUUGUUGUUGUUGUUGUUGUUGUUGUUGUUGUUGUUGUUGUUGUUGUUGUUGUUGUUGUUGUUGUUGUUGUUGUUGUUGUUGUUGUUGUUGUUGUUGUUGUUGUUGUUGUUGUUGUUAUUGUCGUUUUUGUUGUUAAUAGCAUAUAACUUACAACAUUCUAAUUACUACCUAAUAUAUGUGUCAUACAGUGAUUAUGAAGUCUUCCUGUAAAUAACUAUAAAUAUUAUCUAUAGUCUAGGACCUGUAUAUGAGUUUGUAUGCAUUUCAUUUAGGACAGAUAAUCUCAACUGUUUUAGGGUAAGUUGACCAUGACGGUCAACAUGGUAACGCUGCCCGAACCCCAAUCCGGGGCGAAACGUCCGAAACUGACCACACCCAAAAACGACGCUUUCGCCAUACUGCUAUCUACCAAACCAUAAAAGCUUUGGCUAUUCUGAGGUGCUUCUAUGGUUCAGAGAUGGUACUUUUGGGGGUGGUCAUUGGUAAGUGUGAAAUGCCUAGCACUAAUAUUUUACAAGAAAAUGGCCAUGCAAUAAUCAUAGUUAAACGUCAAUUUGUGGCUUGCAAAUUCAGAUAAACAGCAGUGGACUUACAUUACCUUUUUCCCUAAAUCUUUCUGAUAGAAACAUAAAUGGUACUUAUU